GACGCUGUGGUUAAUUCAGUGGAACUAGAUGCGUUCGUUGAAACCUGUUUUCUGCUGCUGCUGCUCUGGAUGUUGCAGUGUGACCGUGGGAAAAAAAAAAGCAGCAACAGACAUCCAGUCAAUAACCCAGCCUUUACAUCCUACAGCAUACAUCAGCAUUGCCAUCUGAAGAUGCGUUAUAAUUAGCCUGGAGAAAUCAUCAGCAUCAUCUCUUGUGAUUUGACACAAAGACAGACGCACUGGUUGGAUUUGGGUUUUAUUACUACUGGAGAGACACACUUAACAUCGUCGAAACGGAUAAAUAAACGCGAUGUCGUCGGAAAAACACGGAUUGGAGGAGGCAGCUGGUAGGCAGUCCAUGUCUCAGCAGAUGAUGCAGAUGGCUCCGCCUCCUUACAUCCCCAACCAGGACCCCAACAUGCCCCCACAUCCUCCUCCAACCAGCUGUGCCCCGCAGCCCAAUUACCCCCCUCCCCCUCCUCCUCCUGGAUCAGAGGGGUACCUGCAGGAGACACACUUCCACUGCGGCACCCUCGGGCCCCAGGGGGCUCCAAACGGUUACCCAGUGCAGACACACGGACCAGUGGGCACCGUCCCUCAUCCCCCAGUGGGCUAUAUACAUACAGGAUACCCCCUCCAGCUGCAGCCCUGCACGGCCUACGUGCCCGUCUAUCCCAUAGGCACAGGGGCACAGCCUUACAUGCCCAAUGGUGCACCUCAUCCAGGUGUUGCCCCCGGCCAGAUGGCCAUGCAUAUGCCCAACGGCAUUGCUCUGAUGGAGUCUCGUCGUCCUCCUCACGACUACCUGCCCAUCGCCGUCCUCACCACUGUCUGCUGCUUCUGGCCCACAGGAAUAAUCGCCAUCAUCAAAGCCGUGCAGGUUCGUACGGCUGUGGCUCGAGGCGAUAUGGUUACAGCAGAGAUCGCCUCGCGUGAGGCACGUAACUUCUCCUUCAUCAGUCUGGCGGUGGGGAUCGCCUCCAUCGUGCUCUGCACCAUACUCACCGUUGUGGUCAUCAUCGCCUCUCAGCACCAUGAUGACGACUGGGAGCCCUAGAGAGCGAGCGUGGGACGCACCUCCCAUCCUGACCCCAGGCCAUCAUUCCAGUCCGUAUUCUGCUUUUUCUGUCACACUGCACAGUUCUGAUGGCUCAAGCCACCACAACCUAAUCUGCAGUGGAAAAUACGCUUUUACAGUCAUUUGGCCCAUGUCUUAGUUACAAGAUAGAUUAAUGGUAUAGUAAAUCUGAGUGUGGGGAACACCGAGCAUCUACCUUGUUGUAAGCGUGUAAGCUCACACUCACAUCAACCUAACUGAGCACUUCCUGUUUCUCCUAAAGCUACUAAAGCCUGUGUUAGAUCAGUAGUUAGAAAUAUAGUGUACUAAAGACUUGAGUCAUGUUAGGUGUUAUCGUUUGCUUUUAGAAUUUGCCAAAAACAUUGCUUUUUAAAAGAAACCCACAGGAACAUAAUUUUGGUAUAACUGUGUUUUUUGAUGUUCAAAACAUUCCAUGUAUUAUUUUUGUCAUUCAUUAUUUUUUUUUGGAAAGAUAAUAUAUUUCUUUGCAGGUUAACUUGACAAAUUCAAACGCUGAAAGUGUGGAUAAAUUGUGUUUUCUAUACACUAGGUAUUGAAUAGUGUAAAAUAAUCUAUUGAAUAAGUUGAAAGAAUGAUAGACUUUUGAAAUAGUUUCCAAUAUCGUAGAACUGGAAUUUCACAUUUUAUGUACCCAAAGGAACUUCUGUUGUGUAGAUCAAAAGAGUGUAUAUGAGUAUUGAUUAAU